AUGCAGAGUAUAGAUGACACGUACACGGAAAGCUACAUAAGUACCAUCGGAGUAGAUUUCAAAAUUCGUACAAUCGAGUUGGAAGGAAAGACGAUCAAACUCCAAAUCUGGGAUACUGCGGGGCAAGAACGUUUCCGGACUAUUACCUCUAGCUACUAUCGCGGUGCUCACGGUAUCAUCAUUGUCUACGAUUGUACUGACCAGGAAUCCUUCAAUAACGUCCGACAGUGGCUUCAAGAAAUCGAACGAUAUGCAUCAGAGAAUGUCAACAAACUCUUGGUAGGCAACAAGUGCGAUCUGACGACGAAGAAGGUUAUCGACUACACGACUGCUAAGGAAUUCGCCGACCAGCUGGAAAUUCCCUUUUUGGAGACUUCAGCGAAGAAUGCUACGAACGUGGAGCAAGCCUUUAUGACCAUGGCAGCGGAGAUCAAAAAUCGUAUGGGACCGCCUGCGUCAGGCACUGGAGGUGAUGGACCGCAGGGACAAAGAGUGAUCAUAGACUCAGGCAGGCCAAUUGAGUCCAAAGGCGGUUGCUGCUGAAACGCGCACGCGAUCGCAUGAAACGUCUCAUGAGUUGUCCUCGCGAUUGUUUAUUUCUUAUUCCUCCAAAUUUCGGCUAGCUGAAAACAGGAUGUUUCUCGUCCCUUGCGAGCAUAGGUGUGCGCUGCAGCCCCUAACUCGAAUCUUUUACCCAAUUUUAAGUGUCCUCUGGAAAGCAACGCAUUCACCUCCUGAAUAAAGCUUGGAAGUCUAUUUUCGGUGAUGUGAGCGCGUGUCGGGGAGAUAUUCAUAUUGUGAGGAGUUGUGCCGAUCGAAAAAAUCUUUAAAACCCUGCGGAACUUCUCGACAUUUUCAUUUUAAUCGUUCACGCACUCGCAAAUGGCACGCGCUGAGGGAUUUGUGUAUGGUAGCGCUGUAUUCGAUUUUCCGUUGAAGCCGACGGUUUGAGCAUGCUGGGGUUUCCUUAUUCACUUUGAUUUUUGUUGUGUGAAUGGGUGCAAUUUUGAAGGGUGUAGAUUUUUUUAUUCCUUUGUUUGGCGAGCGAGUUGGAAAAGCAGGAAGUUUCCUUGCAAAGGAAAUCGGGGUUUCUUUUGUGGGCGGCUUAGAACUCGUUGACAGUGCAGAUGCAGGAAGUCGGCUUCGAUCAUCUUUCUGAGAAAGUUUGCUUUAAUUCGAUGGAAAUGGAAGGCCUCGCGUGCAAAUCCGGAUAUAUCUCGAAUUCUGUCAUCGGUUGCGCCGGAUGAGCCUCGCACCUCGCGGAAAUCGAUCCUGAACCAAACGCGUUUGUUGAGCAUUGCAGAUCGCGACUUGUGAUAAGAAACGUCGACUCGCGCAGGAAUGGUCCCGGCUUCGUCUACGCUCCCCGCAUCGGCCAACUGCAUCAGUGCGCGGCAGCUCUUGUGAAUUCGCCCGUGCUGUUAGUCAAGUUAUUUUUCUCUGGUUGGCCGAUGGCUCGUACAAGGUCUCCGCGAAACUGCCUGGCCUGUCUUCCAUCCUUCGGUGUUGCUUUCUGCCGCUCAUGUUACGCAGUGCUCCGCUUUGUAAUCAUGGCUAGGAUGUUCUUAUUCAGAAGUGUCUGUGGUUUGGGUUAGCUUCGUCUAAAAUGCCCCGUCUUGAUCUUUGUGGCUGUCGGUGAUGUCCACUCAUCUUCCCCUGCUUUCAAACCUCGCGUAAGAAUUCUUCUCCCGGCACAACGUGACGCAGCCGAGAUUUUCUCGCCUGUGCCAGGCAGUCAUUCCAAUGUGGGUUUAGUGAACACCGGUUAUUGCGAGUUAUGCGGGAAAGGAGAUUAAACGUUAUGAGUGAUCUAUUACAGAUUUUAAGCUGCAUUAAAAAAAUUCCAGAUGCAAGAGACAUCUGAGUGCUGAGGCAGUUACCCAGCCUCCAAGGGAAUUCAAUUUUAAAAGUGCAAAACUACAUGAUGACUGCAAAAAUGAAAAAAGCUGGAGCAUCCUCACUCCUUGGAUAUUAAAAGAGAACUUCUAUUAUUGUC